AAUUAUUUGAAAAUAUUAUUUGCAAAUCGGCUUAGAUGUUAUACGAUAAUAUCCUUCAUCAGCGCUUUAUUAAAUAUUACCCCAAUUUCUCGGAGUUUCAACUAAAUCCACUAUAAAUAUUGCACAAGUACCUCCUACUACAAAAGCACAACUAACCAUUUUUACACCAAAAGGCUUUAAUACACAAACGAUGCCUUGAAGCAAGCGUAGUGGGAAAACCAGGUGUCCAGGUAUGGUGAAUUUCAAAAUUUUAUUCCUAGCGUAAAUCACUGCUUCUUUAUAUAUAUACACGCUAAUUAAUAUUUUGCUUGGGCAUGGUAAUUUAUAUUUAUAUAAUAAUACACAUAGUAAAAAGAGUUGUAUUGGUUAUUUCAGGUUGAUGAACCCCACUGAAUUAAACGAAGAACCGAUAGAAUCACUGGAUUUAAAUGUUGGUAGAAAAGAAGAAAAAUCUUUGACCUACAGUGAUCCACCAGAUGGUGACAUCAAAGAUAUUUUAGACAAAAUUAAAAUUGUGAACUCGAAUUUGAAGAAACCAAAUAGAAGACCACCUUCUAAUAAUAAAGUUACUGUUGAACCUCCACAAAUAAACCCAGGAUAUAUUCUUGAUAAAGAUACUUUAGAGAGAUUACAACAGAUUAUAGCUUCGGGUAAAUUGCAACCAGUAACAGAGGUUCCAAAUUUUCAAGAAACUAACUUUAUUAACAAUGAUGAUACACAGAGGUAUUCAUAUUCUAAAAGUUUAUCGUAUUUGACCAAAUCUGUAACGGGAAAUCAAGUAGUGCCAGCUUUACCAAUACCUUAUAUAACAAAUAUUCCUGUGGUAGUAAUGCCAUCUCUGAACAAUGCCUAUAAUGUACAAGGAAAUAGUAUAAAUAAUGAUUUAAAUGGACAAUAUCAAACAAGACAACAACAGAUAUCUUUUCCAUUUCAAUGGCCUCUUGCUCCGUAUUUUCCAAUUUUGAUUAAAGACCCGCUUCUUGCCAUACUUCAGGGAGGAGGCUGGAAUAAUAUAUUUGAAUAUGGACAAAAUGCUGAUGUAUGCAGUAGAAAACAAAAAUCCACAAACGACGAAAAUAUUGAAGAAGAGUCAUCUGCAAAUACAGAUGAACCCGAAAUUGAAAACAAUACGGUGAAUCAAUUAAUCCACAAAUCAAGGCAAGGAAGAGCAAUUAAGAAACAUACUGCAGCACAGUCCAAUGUUGAUAAAAAUGUAAAUACAAUAAAAAAAGUAAAAAAGUUUUUCUCACAGAAGCCAUCGACUUACGCCCACAAACCUGUAAAACAACAAGAACAAUCUUCUGUAGAAGAGACACCACAGGACACAAAAACGAAUAGUUUAUUAGACGAUGGCGACCUACGUUUUGGCCAAUUUUCUUGGUUCGGGGAUAAAAAGCCUAUUGCACCUAGUCCAGGCUUUUUUAUAAAUAGAUUGAAAGUCAGAAGAGGUGGAGUCGCAAUUGCUGGUCCAGGCGGAGUAGCUACAGCUGGAAGAGGUGGGGCUGCUAUUGUUGGUCCUGGUGGACUUGCCUACACACAACCUGGAGGUCUUGCUGUUGCUGGACCUGCGGCGCGUGUCGUUGCCUUGUCACCCGACACGAACCUUUCAUCCAUAGUCUCCAGACUGCAAGAAGUAUCAGCAUCAAAUGGUUCUUGGGGAAACUUCAAAGGAGAACAUAGGGAACAACAGAUCUACGAAUUCAAUAAACGAUCUGACGAGUACCAAUACAACGGUUCCGGUUUUGCGAAACAGCCUUUGAAAAAUCAAGACUCAACAUUUAUGUUGCAUGUGAAACCUAUAGCACAUGCUAUAAGUGGUGUUAAGGGUGUAGCAAUAGCUAACCCCAUCUCAAAAGUUGUAGUUGCUCAUGAUAAGUCGGGAAGUAUAGUACAUGCUCCGAUUGCUGCCGCUAUUGCAGGACCAGGUGGCAUAGCUCAUGCCCAAUCUGAUUUGGAAUCAGUUCAAUAUUUGCCAUUUUACGGUGGAGCAAAAGGACAGUAUUUAGAAAUAAAGAAAGAUACAUCAGGUCGUGUUAUAAGUGAAAGUAUAGUAUCAGAAGACAAAAUCAGUACAGACAGUAUAGUUAAAAAUAAUGAUGAAAAUCUGGUUUCGAAAGUGUUAGCAGCAAAUUUACAAAAUCUGAAGACGCUAUCCGCGAGUGUGAUGAAACUUCACAAUCUGGGUCGAAGAACCGGAUCUUUAGGAUCAAAUGAUAAGGAACGAUUCAGGACUCAACUAGAGAAACUGGCAGAAGCAGCUUCAAAUACCAUCAAGCUAAUAGACGAAGUAGGAGAAAAUGUUGACAUGUUAUUCAAAACUAAUGCUACGCUGAGACGAAUUGAAUAUGAUGACGAUGAUGUGGGCGAGGAAGGUGUUGGCAUUGACGCGCCUACAGACAACGAUCCCGACGAGAUACUCAGUGGAGCCACGAUUGCAGAAGCUAAACCAAUUGGUCUGGCCAUCAUUGGCGAAAAUGGAUUAGCAGCUUCCAGACCUAUUGGCACAGCGGUAGCAGCUAGUGGAGUUGCUUUAGCCAGGCCCAUCGCCACUGCAGUCGCCGGACUCGACCCCACUGUACUAGGCAUAAACUUCCAAAUAAACCACUCCAGAAACUAAUGCUAGUGUAUAUUAGAAAAUUAUCAUACAUUGCAAUAUCUUAAUAAUUAUAUUUAAUCGAAUUAGGUGUAUUUUGCGGAAUUCCAUUUUAAUUACUCAAUGGAUUUGUAUUAUUUAGGGUUGGCAACGUGCACGUGACACCUCUGAUAUUUCAGGCGUACAUAGGCUACGGUAACCAUUUACCAUCACAAGGGCGAAUGCUUGUUUGCCAUUUACAUGGUAUAAAAAAAUGUAGCGGAAAUAAACAUAAUAAUCACAAAUCUAUUAAGUAAUCAUAUUAAUUCUCACACAUAUCUCAUCAUCAUUAGAACAGUUUACGUCUCCCUGAUUGUCGUUUUCCUUAUUACAUACGAAAAGGAUAUUAGCUUCUAUUAUUACCACAGGCGUCUUUGCACAAGACUAAAAUAACUCUUGUGUAGAAACAAAUCAAGAAGAUUCGUGUUUAGUAAAACUCUGUACUUCAUUCCCCCAGUCACCUCGCCGUCUUUGCACAAGACUAGAAAAGAAAUCUUAUGUAAAAACAAAUCAAGAAGAAUAUUCUUUAAUAAAAUUUUGUACUUCUUUCUUCAAGUCACAGCGCAGUCUUUGCACAAGACUAGUUUAUCUAUUCAUUCUUCUAUAUUAAAACUUUACCCUACAUUUCCCCAGUCACCUAAUAAUUAAAAAGAACCACACAAAGUGCAACGUCAUUCAAAAUUAUGUAGAACUAGCUGUGUCCGCGAUUUUACUAGCGUGAAAUUUAUAGCCUUUAUGUUAUU